AAGCAGUGUCUCUCUCCCCGCCGUCUUACAUCAGCCAAUGGUUGUUCAUGGACUCGGAUGACCCGGCAACAACCUUUCAGACCAUACAUCAUGGGCUCGGCGUGCGUCCAAUCAUGGUUGAAGUUCAGGUCAUGUCGCCCACGACGGGAUUUAUUUAUCCUGGCGUGAAGUCAGCGUUCGCCGGAAAUGACGACAACGAACGCGGAGGGGUAAUCUCCGUUUAUGACGACAAUGACAUCCGUCUUUACGGAGCAACUAAUUCUGGUACACUGCAAGGGAAAGCUUACAUCAUUAAUACAGGAGUUAUUUCGUGGACGUCUGAGAACCAGGAACAAAGUACGACCGGAUAUGUUCGUGUCCGUGUCUGGCUCCCGAAUGAUUUACCGUCUCCAUCUUAUACAACCACUCUGAAUAUGAAAGCCGGAAACACGUAUUGGAAUGAUUAUGAGGAACGCUCUCACGGCCUUGGUUCGAUACCCGUAUUAACCAUUGUGCAGUAUACCCCGGCAUGGACUGUGCCACUAACUGGAUGGGUUUCGGAAGGAACAGGUUCGAGUUCACGACCAAUAAAUAACCCAAACCUUUACUGGGGAGGAUUAGUGUACGGUGUAGACAGUCAAGAUAUCAGAUUGUGGGCUCCAUCUUAUGGUCAGGCAAAUUAUGGAAUAUUUAGUUUUUGUGACGGUUGGGGUUACGAUGUAGGGAAAAGGACUGUACAUACUGGGGGUCUAUAA